UAUGAGAGAGAGAAUUUAGAACCAGUCUUUCAAGUCUUAUAGAGAAAGAAAGAGAGAGAGAGAGAGAGAGAGAAGAGAGAAGAUCAUCUUCAACUACAAAUUCCUUUCUUUCAGUUCUUCAUAAACGCAUGUUGGGUUGUUGGGUUGAGGUAUUAAAGAAGAAGAAGGAUAGAUCAAGAGGCUCAUCUGGAUCAGUUGAUCAUCAUCAGAUUGAAAAUGGAUUCUUUCUGCAACCAACAAAACAACCAUGGGAUCAUGGUUGAUGGACAAGAAGAUGAUCACAAUCUUGACUCCAUUUCUUCUUCUUCUUCUUCUUCAGAUGUUUCGAGUAACUCGAACUCGUCAUCUCUAUCUGAUUUCAUGGACGAUGCAACGACAACGGAAUCCUCAUCGUCGUCGGCUUCAUCUUCUUCAUCUGAUCAACUCUCUAGCAAUGGUCCUUUGUAUAAGAUGUCCUCUCUCAUGCAACAACUCCCUUUCAAGAAAGGACUAUCAAAGUAUUUUGAAGGAAAAUCACAGUCAUUCACAUCAUUGUCAAAUGUGAGGAGUUUAGAGGACCUGGCAAAGCCAGAGAACCCAUACAACAAGAAACUCAAGUCCUGCAAGAGCUAUGGAGGAUUAUCAGAAAGUCACCAGCAGAAGCCUUGGGUUCCCAGAAGCUGCAACAACUCAAAGAUCAUAUCAAAGAAGACUUCAAGGGGUUCUUGUUAUGCAGCAAAUAUGAAGAGGAGCAAUAGCUUCUUGGGCAACAGCCGGCCUCCAGCCCGUCCACAGAGUACUAAUAGUUUGAUCGCUUGAAUGCUUAAGACUUAGAAAAUCAUAUUUAUUGUAU